AUGCCAAGCCAAUAUAUUUUGGUUAAAGAUGUUGUCCCUCUAAAUAGAGAGAGGGUCAUUCGAAUUAGGUGUGUGAGAGUUUAUGAAAUACCUGAAAGAGGUGCGAAUCAGAUGAAGAGUAGAGAGCUUGUGGUAUGCGAUGAAGAGGGAACAUUUAUUCAUGUAAACAUGCAAAACUCUGAUGUAGACAAGUACAAGAAUGUGUUCCAAGGAAGGGAAGCUAUAUUCUCUGAAAAAUUUUCUGGUCUUCGGUUGAACUACAAUACUCAAGUCAAAGCAAUCAAAUCCAGAGGGUUUCCUACCAACAUGUUUCAGCUUAAACCCUACCAAUGUCUUAAAGAUCCAACAUUAGUGAAAGACAAAGUCAUGUUUGAUGUUAUAGGCAGAGUCAUUGAGAUUCAUGCACCAUUAGACAAAAUAAUAGGUGGGAAACCAGCCAAACUAAUAGAUUUCAAAAUAGCAGACAAUGAGGGAAAUCAGUUGAAAUGCACUGUUUGGGAUAACCAUGUAGCUUCCAUGCUACCAUUCUACAAUUCAAAUCUGAAAGAACCAGUUGUUGUGGUUAUUCAGCUAUGCAGAGCAAAAAUUAUAAAUGGUAAGCUGUUUAAUUAUUCCUAA